UGGCCAAGCUGGAUACGCUUGGCUCUGAGCGCAGCACAUCUUCUGUAGAACCCCUGCAGCUAGGCGCCAUCCCCGAGGAACAGUAUGUGAGCGAGGCAACGGAACCCCAGCCCACGCCGGAACAGGGCUACCGGGACGCUGGGACCAUCACAGAUGUGUGUAACAGCACAGAGCUUGACGAGGUCGAAAUCAUCAGUCUUCUUGAGGAGCAGCUGCCCGUGUACCGCCUGCGCGCUGACACGGUCUACGGCUAUGACCACGACGACUGGAUCCACACUCCCAUCAUCUCACCACAGGCACACAUCGAACUGACCGUCGAGCAAAUUGAGGAGACCCUCAGCUACUUCUUGCUAUGUGCUGACAGAGUUGGCCAGAUGACUAAAACCUAUAAUGACAUUGAUGCUGUCACCCGACUACUUGAAGAGAAAGAGCGAGAUCUGGAGUUAGCCGCUCGUAUUGGUCAGUCUCUCCUGAAGAAGAACCGCCGACUCACAGAGCAGAAUGAUUACUUGGAGGAACAGGUGCUGGCCAUACGGGAAGAGGUUGCUCAGCUGCAUCAUGAGCUGAAUCUGAAGGAUGAGCUGCUGCAGUUUUACACCAAUGCAGCUGAGGAGAGUGAGGAGGACAGCGGCUCGCCCACUGGGCGGGGCCGGCUGGGACUGUCUGCUCCGAGUGGCUCCGCCCUCGACGUCAUGCAGAAGAAACUCACAGAGCUGGAGGAGGAGAAUCUGUCCCUCAAAACAGAGGCAUACCACCUGAAGACAGAGACUGAGACAUACGAGGAGAAGGAACAGCAGCUGGUCCAGGACUGUGUCAAGGAGCUAAAGCAAUCCAGCCUCCAGAUCUCUACCAUAGCUGAGGAGUUGGCUAAGAAGACUGAAGAUGCCUCCCGCCAACAGGAGGAGAUCACCUACCUGCUGUCUCAGAUAGUCGACCUGCAGAAGAAGGCAAAGAUGUUUGCAGUGGAGAAUGAGGAGUUAUCUCAGCACCUAAAUGCAGCUAAAGAUGCCCAGAGACAGUUGACCUCUGAAUUGCAGGACCUGGAGGAGAAGUACAUUGAGUGUAUUGAGAUGCUGCAUGAGGCACAGGAGGAGUUAAAGAACCUGAGGAACCGGAGUAUGUCUGGAACCCCACGCAGAUACCACCCACUGGGGCUCUUUCCCAUGGACUCACUGGCAGCAGAGAUUGAGGGAUCCAUGAGGAAAGAGAUGAGCCAGGAUGACCCAGAGUGUCAAGAGCAGAAGGUGCAUCAGAGGAGAGUGUUUGAGACAGUAAAAAACAUCAAUCAGACCGUCCGACAACGCAGCCCAGCCCCACCUUUCUCCAACAUCCCAGGGUCCAAUCAGAUGCUGUCCCCUCUAAGCUCCGCCUUUUCCAGUGGUAUGGCCACUCCUCAGUCCAACCUCAGUGAAACCAAACUGAGUGGUAGCAAUCUCGCCCUUGACAACCGCACACAGAGUCUCCUACAGGAAGGAGAGUCCACUCCCGGCAGUGGUAUGGACACCCCUAAGAAGCGCACAAGCUCUGAGGACCUGAAGCUGGCGUUGCGCCGGCUGUCCCUGAGGCGGCAGAACUGCCUGAGCGAACGGCGCUUCUUCGAGGAGGAGCGCGAGAGCGGCCUCUACCCGCACGACGGUCCUCACUACGUCAGCGGCCUCGUCCACAGCGACAGCAUCAUGUCCCUCGGCUCACACCUGUCCUGGGCCAGCCGCCCCUACCUGCCUGACAAGCUUCAGAUCGUCAAGCCUUUAGAAGGCUCAAUCACCCUGCAGCAAUGGCAGCAGCUGGCACAGCCUAACCUGGGCGGAAUCCUGGACGCCCGGCCGGGCGUGGUCACCAAGGGCUUCCGGCCGCUGAACCUGGACCUCGAGGAGGUGUGCCACUACAGCGACUUUGAGGAGGACGAGCCUGGGGAGCAGUACUUCCAGAACCUUCCGACCACGUCCACGCCCAACCCCAACCCCAACCCCGUCCAGACCCAUGUCAUCUCCACAGCGUCCCCCUCCCCCUGCCUGAGCACUGGACAGGCCCUCAACACAGACUUCUCAGUGUAUUAUCCUGGCAAGUGCAUGGCGCACACCAGUUCCACCUACACCUUCACAACCUGUCGGAUUCUUCACCCGUCUGACGAGCUGACGAGAGUCACACCAAGUUUGAAUCCCGGCCCCACUUCCUCCUGUGGGCCGUCCAGCAGCCUGCGCUCCACCCCGGCGGUCACGCCCUGCACGCCACGCCGCAUGAGCCUCGCGCAGUCACAGUCCUUCACCAACCUGCGCGACUCCACCAAGACCUUCAGCACCUCGCUGGGGCUAGUGCGCCUCCUGCAGGAGCGGGGGAUCUCCGCAGCCGUCUACCAGCACCAGAGCUGGGACCGCAGCAGUGUGGCUCCCGGAGGAGGAGGAGGAGGAGGGGGGGUCCUCUUCAGCACGACCGUGGCCCCGCGCACAUCCACGUACCCCCAGAGGCCGUCCACCCCGCCCAACUCGCCUGUCCACGGCACGCAGAGCCCCAGCUCGCUGGCGGAGCAGGACGACGACUUCUCAUUCAAAAGCCCGUCCAACGAGAACUUCCUGGCCUCGCGUCCGGCGCGAUCCAUCCUCAUGGAGGUGGCGGCCGCCGGGGGCGGAGGAGGAGGAGGAGGAGGAGGAGGGGCGGCGCAGCAGGCGCGCGACUGCGAGAGCCAGACAGACGUCAGUGUGUACAAUCUCAACCUGGUGGACAAGCUGAAGCGCCUGGGCCUGGCCAGCCCCGGCAGGGGGCAGCCCAGGGGCCACGCGCCCAUCCUGGGGGCCCUCGGUGGGCUGCGGAGGCCCGGCUCGCCUUUCUCCCUGAACGAGGGGAUGCGGAGGAACCGCAGCUAUCCUGUGAUGGUGGGGGCCAGCAUGGCCAUGAAGGGCCCAGGGCCCCAGGACGACGAGGAGAUGCUGCUGGAGCCCAAACUACCCAAACAGACCAGCUUAAAGUAAACAAGUAAACAACAACAACAACAACAACAACAACGCAAGGACUUUACCGAAAGUAAAUAAAUAUGAACAACUCGUCUACACUGAUUUUGCCUAAAGUAAAUAUAAACAACUCAUCCACACAGACUUUACUUGAAGUAAAUAAAUAUGAACAACUCAUCCACACAGACUUUACUUAAAGUAAAUAGAUAGAAACAGCACAUGCAGGCGUGGUUAAGCAGUGGUAAUGUCACCCACUGACAAUUGGUCAACCCGGGUUUGAUUCUUGCCCUUGCGUGUCUGUGUGGCUUUGGAUAAAAGUGUCUGCUAAAUGGCAGUCAACUUUAACUAACUUUAACCUGGACUUUACUUAAAGUAAAUAAAUAAAUACACGCCCAACACAGCAUGCAUACAAGCUACUCAUAGCCCUGUGCAGAAUAUACAGUAGGAAGCUUAUACCCGAACCCAUGCACACAAUACUCUCAUAAAGCCUAUACAUAAAGUCCUGUACUGAACAACCUUUAUAAAGCCUAUACACACUGUAUACACUCACCGGCCACUUCAUUAGGUACAUCUGUUCAACUGCUCAUUAACACAAAUAUCUAAACAGCCAAUAAAAUGGCAGAAACUCAAUGCAUUUAGGCAUGUUGAAGUUCAAGCUUCAGAAUAGGGAAGGAAGGUGAUUUAAGUGAAGUUGAGUGUUGAAUGUGGCGUAGUUGUUGGUGCCAGAUGGGCUGAUCUGAGUAUUUCAGAAACUAAUAAUGCCACAACUUACCUGAUUGUUAGUGACCAUGUCCAUCCCUUUAUGACCGCAGUGUAGCCUACCCAUCCUCUGAUGGCUACAAUCAGCAGGAUAAGGCAGGAUUGGUGUUUUAUGCCCCCAAUGUUGUCUUCCAGGCAGCGCUGCCACCACUGAUUUAAAGGCACCUAAUCCUAA